AUACUGUUCAGCCUGGAAACCACAGAAAGCCCUUCUUGCCACCCAACAGGAACAGAGCAAGUGGUUCUGGCCUCCGUGGGAUUUGGAUCCUGGUUUCCAGAGCUAAGAACACAAAGUCAUGAAGGUGAAGGAGAAGGCUGGGGUAGGAAAGCUGGACCACACUAACCACAGGAGGAGAUUUCCGGAUCAGAAAGAAUGCCCUCCUAUCCACAUUGGGCUUCCAGUACCCACGUACCCUCAAAGAAAAACUGACCAGAAGGGACAUCUUUCGGGCCUGCAAAAAGUCCACUGGGGCCUGCGGCCAGACCAGCCACAGCAGGAACUGACUGGCCCAGGGAGUGGGGCAAGCAGCCGGGACAGCAGCGUGGAUCUUAUCAGCAGGACUCGGUCCCCAGCUGCUGAGCAGCUCCAGGACAUCCUGGGGGAGGAAGAUGAGGCUCCCAACCCCACCCUCUUCACAGAGAUGGACACUCUGCAGCAUGACGGAGACCAGAUGGAGUGGAAGGAGUCAGCCAGGUGGAUAAAGUUUGAAGAAAAGGUAGAGGAAGGCGGUGAACGCUGGAGCAAGCCCCACGUGUCCACACUGUCCCUGCACAGCCUCUUCGAGCUCCGUACCUGCCUGCAGACGGGGACAGUGCUGCUGGAUUUGGACAGCGGCUCCUUACCACAGAUCAUAGAUGAUGUCAUUGAGAAGCAGAUUGAGGAUGGUCUCCUGCGACCAGAGCUCCGGGAGAGGGUCAGUUACGUCCUCCUGAGGAGGCACCGUCACCAAACCAAGAAGCCCAUCCACCGCUCCUUAGUCGACAUUGGGAAGUCAGUCUCCACCACAAAUCGCAGUCCCGCCCGGAGCCCUGGUGCUGGCCCGAGUCUACACCACUCCACGGAGGACCUGCGGAUGCGGCAGAGUGCAAAUUACGGACGUCUGUGUCAUGCCCAGAGCAGAAGCAUGAAUGACAUUUCUCUCACCCCAAACACAGACCAGCGGAAAAACAAAUUCAUGAAGAAGAUCCCCAAGGACUCAGAAGCCUCCAACGUGCUCGUGGGUGAGGUGGACUUCCUAGACCAGCCAUUCAUUGCGUUCGUGCGCCUCAUCCAGUCGGCCAUGCUGGGAGGAGUGACCGAGGUGCCUGUCCCCACCAGAUUUCUGUUUAUACUGCUGGGACCUUCUGGGAGAGCAAAAUCCUACAAUGAAAUUGGCCGUGCCAUUGCAACCCUCAUGGUAGAUGAUCUCUUCAGUGACGUGGCCUACAAAGCCCGCAAUCGGGACGAUCUGAUUGCAGGAAUUGAUGAAUUUCUGGAUGAGGUCAUUGUCCUUCCCCCGGGAGAAUGGGACCCAAAUAUCCGAAUUGAGCCACCCAAGAAGGUACCCUCUGCUGACAAGAGGAAAUCUGUGUUCUCCCUAGCAGAGCUGGGCCAGAUGAAUGGCUCUGUGGGAGGAGGCGGCGGAGUUGCUGGAGGAGGCAAUGGAGGUGGUGGUGGUGGUGGCAGUGGCGGCGGGGCUGGCGGUGGCGGGGCCGGUGGAACGAGCAGCGGGGAUGAUGGAGAGAUGCCAGCCAUGCACGAAAUCGGGGAAGAACUUAUCUGGACGGGAAGGUUCUUCGGUGGACUGUGUCUGGAUAUCAAGAGGAAGUUGCCCUGGUUCCCAAGUGACUUCUAUGAUGGCUUCCACAUUCAGUCCAUCUCUGCCAUCCUAUUCAUCUACCUCGGCUGUAUCACCAACGCGAUCACCUUUGGUGGGCUUCUCGGGGAUGCCACCGACAAUUAUCAGGGAGUGAUGGAGAGCUUCCUGGGCACUGCCAUGGCUGGCUCCUUGUUCUGCCUCUUCUCGGGACAGCCUCUCAUCAUUCUCAGCAGCACGGGGCCCAUCCUCAUCUUUGAGAAGCUUCUCUUCGACUUCAGCAAAGGCAAUGGCCUGGACUACAUGGAGUUCCGCCUCUGGAUUGGCCUACACUCAGCUGUCCAGUGCCUUAUCCUAGUGGCCACAGAUGCCAGCUUUAUCAUCAAAUAUAUCACCCGCUUCACCGAAGAGGGCUUCUCAACCCUCAUCAGCUUCAUCUUCAUCUAUGAUGCCAUCAAGAAGAUGAUCGGUGCCUUCAAGUACUACCCUAUCAAUACGGACUUCAAGCCGAACUUCAUCACCACCUACAAGUGCGAGUGCGUCGCCCCUGACACAGUGAAUACAACCAUGUUCAAUGCUUCAGCCCCACUGGCACCAGACACCAACGCUUCUCUGUACAACCCCCUUAACCUCACAGCGUUGGACUGGUCCCUGCUGAGCAAGAAGGAGUGUCUGAGCUAUGGUGGGCGCCUGCUUGGGAAUUCCUGCAAGUUUAUCCCAGACCUGGCGCUCAUGUCCUUCAUCCUUUUCUUUGGGACAUAUUCCAUGACCCUGACCCUGAAGAAGUUCAAAUUCAGCCGCUAUUUUCCUACCAAGGUCCGGGCCCUGGUGGCUGACUUUUCCAUUGUUUUCUCCAUCCUGAUGUUCUGUGGAAUCGAUGCCUGUUUUGGCCUGGAAACCCCCAAGCUGCAUGUGCCCAGUGUCAUCAAGCCCACACGGCCUGACCGAGGCUGGUUCGUGGCCCCCUUUGGGAAGAACCCGUGGUGGGUGUACCCAGCAAGCAUCCUGCCCGCCCUGCUGGUGACCAUCCUGAUCUUCAUGGACCAGCAGAUCACUGCCGUCAUUGUCAACCGGAAGGAGAACAAACUGAAGAAGGCUGCUGGCUACCAUCUGGACCUGUUCUGGGUGGGCAUCCUCAUGGCCUUGUGCUCCUUUAUGGGGCUUCCCUGGUACGUGGCUGCCACGGUCAUCUCCAUCGCCCACAUCGACAGCCUCAAGAUGGAGACAGAGACCAGCGCCCCUGGGGAGCAGCCCCAGUUCCUAGGAGUCAGGGAACAGAGAGUGACCGGCAUCAUCGUCUUCAUCCUGACGGGAAUCUCUGUCUUCCUGGCUCCCAUCCUAAAGUGCAUCCCCCUGCCGGUGCUGUAUGGAGUCUUCCUCUACAUGGGCGUGGCCUCCCUGAAUGGCAUCCAGAUGGGAACUGGAGGGUCAGAAUUCAAAAUCCAGAAGGAACUGACUCCAUUCUGGGAACGCUGCAAGCUCUUCCUGAUGCCGGCCAAGCACCAGCCGGACCACGCCUUCCUGAGGCACGUGCCGCUGCGCCGGAUCCACCUCUUCACCCUGGUGCAGAUCCUCUGCCUGGCGGUGCUCUGGAUCCUCAAAUCCACGGUGGCUGCCAUCAUCUUCCCGGUCAUGAUCCUGGGCCUCAUCAUCGUUCGAAGGCUUCUGGAUUUCAUCUUUUCUCAGCACGACCUGGCCUGGAUUGACAACAUCCUCCCAGAGAAGGAAAAAAAGGAGACAGACAAGAAGAGGAAGCGAAAGAAAGGGGCGCAUGAGGACUGUGACGAGGAGCCCCAGUUCCCUCCUCCCUCAGUUAUAAAGAUUCCCAUGGAAAGUGUCCAAUCAGAUCCCCAAAACGGUAUCCACUGCAUUGCCAGAAAAAGAUCUUCCAGUUGGAGUUACUCACUCUGAUUCUUCCUUCAGUGACACAGAACUUGAUCGAAGGUUAAUGGCUGCUCCUGGCUAGAUCAUAGGACCCUGCAUGAUACUGGAAUGCUCCCUGGUGAGGUACUGCACAGGAUCAUGAACUCUAUUUAUUCCCACAUCAAUGACUGCUGCUCCUUCCUUGAUCAUAUCUGCUGUGAUCAGAUUUGGAAUACCUGGAAAUGGAGAAAGGAAAAAAAGCUUAGUACUGAAAACAGUCUACCUGUCAGACUGUUGUCUAAUUUCAAUUUCAAGAGAUCUAGA